CUGGGGGGCUCGCUGUAUUUACUGGGAACUAGUCUUGCAGGAAGGUGGGAGUACGUGGCUGGCUGUGGGGAGCUGGCGUGCGAGGAAAUCCGACUUCACCUUGGGCUCAGAGUUGCAAGGAAGGUCACUGUGGGAUCAGCCUGAGCCCAAAAGGAUGGGCUAAUGGGAGCGGCCGCAGGUGCACGCGCGCUCGGCCGCUCCCAUUAGUGUCACGUCUGCCGGGGGGAGAAGGUGGGGUGGGGGGUUGGGGGCGCCGGGAGAAGAGAGGCGCAGUUCGGACAUCGGCACUCCUCCGUCCAGUUACAGGCGGUCCUGCCCGCGUGGCCGCCCGGGGCCGCCCAAGCCCUCCGGGACGGAGAGAAAGGGGAACGCGUUGCGCAAGGUGGAGGCAGACACCUGGGCGGGCGCUAGGACCCGGGCGGCGCACCUGUUGGCUGGGCCCGGGGCCCCGCCCGCCCGGCCUCCGCCCCGAGUGCGGGACCGGCGGGGGCGAGGCGGGAGUGGCGGUGCCAGCGGAGGGCACCGGCCCGGCGUGGCAGCGGCGGCGGAGCGCGGCCCCGGGCACACCAUGGCCGAGCUGCUGCGGAGCCUGCAGGAUUCCCAGCUCGUCGCCCGCUUCCAGCGCCGCUGCGGGCUCUUCCCCGCUCCGGAUGAAGGCCCCCGGGAGAACGGCGCGGACCCCACGGAGCGCGCGGCGCGGGUCCCCGGGGUGGAGCAUCUCCCCGCAGCCAACGGCAAGGGCGGGCUGCGCAGAGCCGCGGCGCCGGAGGCUUAUGUACAGAAGUACGUCGUGAAGAAUUAUUUCUACUAUUACCUAUUCCAAUUUUCAGCUGCUUUGGGCCAAGAAGUGUUCUACAUCACGUUUCUUCCAUUCACUCACUGGAAUAUUGACCCUUAUUUAUCCAGAAGAUUGAUUAUCAUAUGGGUUUUGGUGAUGUAUAUUGGCCAAGUGGCCAAGGAUAUCUUGAAGUGGCCCCGUCCCUCCUCCCCUCCAGUUGUGAAACUGGAAAAGAGACUGAUUGCUGAAUAUGGAAUGCCGUCCACCCACGCCAUGGCGGCCACUGCCAUUGCCUUCACCCUCCUUAUCUCUACUAUGGACAGACACCAGUAUCCAUUUGUGUUGGGACUGGUGAUGGCCGUGGUGUUUUCCACCUUGGUGUGUCUCAGCAGGCUCUACACUGGGAUGCAUACGGUCCUGGAUGUGCUGGCUGGCGUCCUGAUCACCGCACUCCUCAUCGUCCUCACCUACCCUGCCUGGACCUUCAUCGACUGCCUGGACUCGGCCAGCCCCCUCUUCCCCGUGUGUGUCAUAGUUGUGCCAUUCUUCCUGUGUUACAAUUACCCUGUUUCUGAUUACUACAGCCCAACCCGGGCAGACACCACCACCAUUCUGGCUGCCGGGGCUGGAGUGACCAUAGGAUUCUGGAUCAACCAUUUCUUCCAGCUUGUAUCCAAGCCCGCUGAAUCUCUCCCUGUUAUUCAGAACAUCCCACCGCUCACCACCUACAUGUUAGUUUUGGGUCUGACCAAAUUUGCAGUGGGAAUUGUGUUGAUCCUCUUGGUUCGUCAGCUUGUACAAAAUCUCUCACUGCAAGUAUUAUACUCAUGGUUCAAGGUGGUCACCAGGAACAAGGAGGCCAGGCGGAGACUGGAGAUUGAAGUGCCUUACAAGUUUGUUACCUACACAUCUGUUGGCAUCUGCGCUACAACCUUUGUGCCGAUGCUUCACAGGUUUCUGGGAUUACCCUGAGUCUCAAACAGUUGGAAACUAGCCCACUGGAUAUGAAAGCCAAGACAUAGGAAAGUUAUUGGUAGGCAAAUCUUGACAACUUAUUAUUUUUCUUUAACAACAAAAAAAGUCAUAUGCCCAGUAUUUGCAGCACAACUCAGGGGAAGGGCCUUAGCUUACAGGUACUCCCAGCCUUCAUCUGCCCCUGCAGAGCAGUGGCUGUCAGCUGGAUGCGGCACUUUUCUGUAUUUUCAUCCACACAACUGCCCAGCCAGAGUUCGCAACACUGGAUAUUUACACCAAAUAAUUGUGGUUGACUUGUCUGAAGCCAACUGACAAAAGGAUCAGCUUUUCCCACUUGUAUUUUUUAAAAAGAGGGAUUGUGAUCAUUGUCACAGAGUGGGUGCUGGCCUCUCAUAUAUAUGAUAUAUAUAUCAUUUUAUAUAUAUAUAUAUAUAUCAUAUACAUAAUUUUUACUGCCGUCUCUAGUUUUAAGUCCCAACAAUAGGAAGGCCGAUCAGCUAUAUUGAUAUAUUUAAGGCUGUACUUCACUAAUUUGGGUUGAGGAUGAAUAUAUCAGCCACAGCACAUUAAAGAAUGAGCCAGGGAUUUGUCAUGGUUGGUCACUUUUUAAAGUAUUUGAUUACUGCAACUGGAGAAUGAAAAGUGUAUAUUGGUGACGCCAACCUCAGUUUUUGAGCACUCCUGCUCUGUGGUGAGAAUCAGAAAACAAUUCAUCGGGGUGAAAAAAAAAGGCAUUACCUGAUUCACACCCUUGUCUUGCUAGCCCUCUUCCAUUCAUUUCUCACAAAGCACUUUGCUCUAUUAAAUCCUCUCUCAGUCUCACACCACUGCUUGCCCCUUCAAAGGGUAUGGUUCAGGCUCCUUUCAAGACAUUUGGAGUUUCUCUCUGGGGAAAGAGCGCCCCCUACUGGUUUGGCUUCAGUCUAGGUCCACCAUCCCUCUUGAUCUGGCAUCUUGGAGAUUAAUUUAAAAGGCAAGCUCACCACAAUGUAAGCCUAUGGUCUGGCCAACCUUGCUUUUGGGAACUGUGACACCAAAGCCCCCAGGACUAUCUGCCUCUCCAGGAGCCAGAUAGAAUGACAUGCCUUUUUCCUAAUUGUCCACAUUCCAUCACCAACCCACUGCCACUGUGGGCCAAGCCAUCCAUCUUGCAAUCUUCAUCUAAAACAGCUCUCAUUUCAUGCCAGUUUUGCUCAAACCUGCACCGUCACAAGAUAUUCAGAAGAUGAAAACGUAGAAGACACCCCUGAAUUAAAAACACAUAGCAGUGGCUGGAAUUACUCCAAAACAUGCCCAGUGAUCUCACUGUAACAUGGGAUUUUCUCAGCCAAAUAGGCAACUCAUGCUUCCUGAGUGUAAUCAAAGCAUGUGGUGUUUUGGGGCCAUAUGCACCAGGUUUCUUAUUUUAGAAACCUUCAGCUGUCUUGCUUAUGUACCGUAUGUAAAUUUACUCUUUUUAAAAAUCACUUUUAUUUGAUUUUGACUUAUUAAAUGCUUUAAAAGCCAG